CAUCCGCAUUUAUGGACGCCGUGUAAUCCCAGCUGCCUUCUUCACCCCCAUUAAGAAAGUCUUCGGCUGCUUUAUGGACUUUUACAGACCUUUUUGUUCUUUGACUGAAUGAAGAGUGCAAGCAAAACCUUUUUACGUUGUGUUUUUAGUGUGUGUGUGUGUGUGUGUGUGUGUGUGUGUAGCGGCGUGGCAAAGACACACAGGAAUCUGCAGCAGCAUAUUUUGAUUAGUUGGGCAGCAGCUUUGUCCUGUCCUAGCAUGCUCUGCGCAUGUGUGUGUGUGUGUGUGUGUGUGCGUGUGUAUGUGUGUUUUGCGAAAACUAAUCACAGAAGUGUUCUUUUAUAAUUACGCUUACCGGUCUUGUCAUUUGUCGUACUUAGUCCUCGAGUCCGUUCCAAAUUCUAAUUACAAGAGUAAUUAAAUGUUUCAUAAAAAGGGGGGGGGGGGAGUAGGAGGGGAGAGAAAGUGAGGGAAAAAAUAGUGCAAGGUGGGAGGGAAGAGUGAACUUGCGAUAAUUGGAGAGGGGGGGAUUUUUCUUCCCUCCCUGCCGUUUUUCUUUUUAGCGCCAUCCAGAAAAAAAAGACGCGUGGCGGCUCCGCUGGCUCGGACGUUUAUCACUUGAAUUGAUUAAAGCCUUCAUGCUUCGUUAAUCAGGAAGGAAGGAAGGAAGGAAAGGAGGCCGAGAAGACGUAGGCAGGAUGGACGGGUGGACGCUGCUCCUCUUCUUCACCGUCGGGCUCCACAGCUCCAUAGCAGCCAGUCCCAUCGACAUCCUGAAGGUUCUGGAGCUGUCCGAGGAUUUGGAGGGCGUGUCCCUGGAGGCCGGGCUGUGCGCCAGCAGGAAGGGCCACGAAGAUCCCGACCUCGCUUUCAAGAUCAACAAGAAGAUCCAACUGAGCGCUCCCACCAAGCAGCUUUUUCCCGAUUCGCCAUUCCCGGAAGAUUUCUCACUGAUGACCACAGUCCGAGCUGUGAAGGGCUCGCAGGUCUUUCUGCUGUCCCUGUAUGACCCUCAGGGUACGCAACAGUUGGGUUUGGAGAUCGGACGUUCUCCCGUCUUUCUGUACGAGGACCACGAGGGUCAGCCCGCUCCGGAACUCUACCCGACGUUUCGGAGGAUCAACCUGGCGGAUGGCAAGUGGCACCGAGUGGCCUACAGCGUGAAGGGCCAGCGGGUGACGCUCUACUUGGACUGCGUCAAGCUGGAGACUUUGGAGCUGCUGCGCGGACCCCAAGCGCACGUCAGCACCGACGGCGUCACCGUGUUCGGAACGCGACUGCUGGACCAAGACGUCUUUGAGGGUGACAUCCAACAGCUUCUGCUCGUGGACGACCCCGCGGCGGCCGAGACGUACUGCAGGGACUUCAUCCCCGACUGUGACGCGGCGUUGCCCUACGACAGCAUCGUCAUGGACAUCGCCGCCGAUGAGGUGGACGUGACGCCAAAGAAGCAGCACGUAGCCGAGGAGUUGGACGCCUAUGACUUCAGCGACAUCUACCAGGACGUCGCCGUCUCCACGGUGACGACCGGACCCAACCUCACCGAGUACGAGAUGUUCGAAUACGAGGACUACGACAACUCCACGGACGACUACCAGCUGAAGGAGUACGACUACGAAGAAGAGGAAGUGGAUGAACGAUACCGGCCUGCUGAGAGGGAAGGGGGAUACCGUGUGGACACGCAGUAUGUACCGGAGAAAGGAGAGAAAGGAGAGCCCGCACUUUUGGGAGUGGGCACACAAUUUGUAGGUUCGUACGGGCCUCCGGGACCUCAGGGACCGGCAGGCCCUCCCGGAAUCACGGGGCCGGUGGGACCUCGAGGAGACCCCGGAGAACUGGGACACCCAGGACUGCCGGGCCAGAACGGAGUCGACGGGAUACCGGGACUGCCGGGAAACCUCAUGGUCUUGCCGUUCCGGGCAGGUGGUGGUCAGAAAUCAGCCAUCUUUUCUGCACAGGAGGCUCAAGCCCAGGCCAUCCUGCAGCAGACCAAGUUGUCAAUGAAGGGUCCUCCCGGUCCACUUGGCCUUCGGGGACGACCUGGUCCACUUGGCAUACCAGGUCCAUCCGGCCUGAAGGGCAGCAAUGGAGAAAUGGGACCACCUGGUCCACCCGGAGCACCCGGCAUCCCAGGCCAGAACGGACGCCUCGGCAAAAGGGGACGAGGCGGGGCGGACGGCGGGCGAGGCAACAUCGGAGAGACGGGCGUCAAGGGGGACAGAGGCUUCGACGGCUUGCCUGGUCUGCCCGGCGACAUGGGACAUAAAGGCGAGAGGGGAAAACCGGGCCCCACAGGUCCUGCCGGAGAGCCGGGAGAAAAGGGUUCUGAGGGCCCGUCUGGACCGAGAGGACAACCGGGCGAUGCCGGGUCAAGAGGCAUGAACGGCCCUCGAGGUCGCCCGGGACCCCCGGGACAGUCGGGCAUUCGGGGAAUUGAUGGCGUGCAAGGGUCAAAGGGCAACAUUGGGUCCCCGGGGGAUAUCGGCGCACCAGGACAGCAGGGCAACCCUGGAAUUCAGGGCUUUCCCGGUCCGCAGGGAUUAGUCGGGCUGCCUGGAGAGAAGGGGCCGCAAGGGAAGAAAGGCAUGCAGGGUCUAGCCGGAAAUGACGGCCCUCCCGGUCAUCCCGGACGCGAAGGCACUCCCGGUGAAAAAGGUUUGCCGGGUCCCGUGGGGGUGCAGGGGCCCGUCGGCUAUCCCGGACAACGAGGAGUCAAGGGAGCAGACGGCAUUCGAGGACUAAAGGGCAGCAAAGGCGAGAAGGGCGAGGACGGCUUCCCCGGAGCCAAGGGCGAGAUGGGCGGCAAGGGUGACGGCGGCGACAAUGGCGCUGCGGGAGGACGGGGGGAAGACGGACCAGAGGGACCCAAAGGGCAAACGGGACCUUUAGGGGAAAGCGGACCCCCAGGGACCCCUGGAGAAAAGGGAAAACUAGGAGUACCCGGUUUGCCAGGCUAUCAAGGAAGACUUGGGCCAAAGGGCGCUGAUGGCUUUCCUGGAGUACUAGGAGCUCCUGGAGAAAAAGGCAAAAAAGGUCCUCCUGGACAAGCAGGAAGUGCUGGACAGAGGGGGCCAAAUGGGGCACGGGGAGGCAGAGGGGCCAAAGGACCCACGGGGAAACCUGGAGAAAAGGGCGCUUCCGGACACGACGGCGCCCCGGGAUCGGCCGGCGAGAGGGGACCUCAAGGACCUCAAGGACGGGGUGGAGAGCCCGGACCCAAAGGAGCCACUGGUCCGGCCGGGAAAGACGGCCUUCCGGGACACCCGGGUCAACGAGGAGAAGCGGGAUUCCAAGGCAAAACGGGACCACCGGGACCCUCUGGUGUUGUGGGGCCACAGGGAAAAUCGGGCGAGCCCGGCCCCACGGGGGACCGAGGCCACCCGGGCUCCCCGGGUGUCCCCGGAGAGCACGGUUUACCCGGCUCGGCAGGGAAGGAAGGCGGAAAGGGUGAUCCCGGCUUACCUGGAACCAUGGGGAAGAGCGGACCUCCCGGACUGAAAGGGUUCAGGGGUAGCAGAGGCGCUCCUGGCGUUAUGGGGCCUCCGGGUCUAAAAGGAAGCGCAGGACCCUCUGGAGCACCAGGUGCCAAUGGACCGGCCGCCGAGAGAGGUUCCCCCGGGCCGGCCGGAGCCAUCGGAGAGCCGGGACGGGCCGGAGCCAGUGGAGGACCGGGACCGAUGGGAGAGAAGGGCGAGCCUGGUGAGAAAGGUCCAAUUGGACCAGCGGGUCAGGAUGGAGACCAGGGACCAGUGGGCAUGCUCGGCGCUACAGGGCCUCCAGGACCCGCAGGAGAUGAUGGAGACAAGGGAGAACAAGGAGGGCCAGGCCAGAAAGGAAGUAAAGGCGAUAAAGGCGAAGCUGGACCCCCAGGACCCACUGGUACUCAGGGGCCACUCGGACAAUCGGGACUUCCUGGUCAAGACGGCGAGGUCGGGCCCCGGGGCCAGCAGGGAAUGUACGGACCCAAGGGAGACGAGGGACUUCGUGGUUUCAAGGGUUUGAGAGGACCAAUAGGAUUACAGGGCAUGCCGGGCCUCCCCGGUGAAAAGGGCGAGAGCGGCCACGUCGGGCUGAUGGGUCCCCCUGGGCAACAGGGGCCUACGGGUCCUCAGGGAUCAAUCGGAGGACUGGGGCCCACGGGUCGCCAGGGUACCGUUGGACAGCCCGGUGGGGUCGGAGAAAAGGGGGAGGACGGCGAAUCCGGUGAUCCCGGCCCAGUGGGUUUUGCGGGAAAAGUGGGGGACACAGGUGACCAAGGGGAGAAAGGAGAUACCGGCGCACCAGGGGCAGCUGGACCUCCAGGUUCCCGAGGCACCCCGGGGGAGGACGGAGCCAAAGGCAAUGCGGGUCCUAUUGGGCUCACUGGGGACCUUGGACAACAAGGGGAGGCUGGACCCAAUGGCAUUGACGGCCUUGUUGGUUCUAAAGGAGACACUGGAGAGCCUGGAAAAUCUGGACCACCAGGGGCAGCAGGAGAACCUGGACCACCAGGCCCUCCUGGACGAAGGGGCCACUUGGGUAAAGCUGGGAAAGAUGGGAGGGAAGGCCUGAAAGGAGCCAAGGGCGCUCCUGGAUCAGAGGGCCCUAUUGGAAAACGCGGGCCGGUGGGUCGUCAAGGACAAUCGGGAAAGGCCGGUCCAACGGGUCUCAGAGGGAUUCCUGGUCCUGCUGGUGAGCAAGGCCUAAGUGGACCAACAGGCCAGGCGGGACCACCUGGUCCUAUGGGUCCGCCGGGAUUAGCCGGACUAAAGGGAGAACACGGGAAAAUCGGAGACAAGGGUCACGGCGGGCUGAUCGGUUUGAUCGGACCCCCGGGGGACAUGGGAGAGAAGGGCGACCGAGGGCUUCCGGGAAACCAGGGACUACUGGGUCCAAAAGGAGAUGAGGGUCCUGUCGGCCCAGCAGGUCCUCACGGGCCCCCAGGCCCGACAGGUCUAUCUGGUGCCAUCGGUAUAAAAGGUUCGAAAGGAAAUUCGGGUCCAAUUGGACCCAGAGGAGACACUGGACCCGCAGGACCUCCAGGACCCCCAGGACACCGGGCGCUCGCACCGCUGCCGGACGACGGGCGCCAAAGGAGGACCCACGUCCUCGACGCUGCAGUUCUGGAAGGGGAGGACGAGAUGCUAGAUGGCAGCGAGGAGGACGACGAGUGGAUUCAGGGAGAUCAGGCCCAGUCGGACGCGUGGACAGACAAAAGCAACGAGGGCCAAGGCAUGGAGGAGGUGUUUGCCUCGCUGUCCUCCAUGAAAGUGGAGGUGGAGGGUCUGCGCACCCCUCAGGGGACCUACCAAAGCCCCGCCCGCUCCUGCAAGGAGCUCUGGCUGCUCAGUCCAGAACUUCCCAACGGCGAGUACUGGAUCGACCCCAAUCAGGGCUGCCACCGAGACUCCUUCAAGGUGUUUUGCAACUUCACCGCCCAGGGCGAGACGUGUCUCCACCCGGACAAGAAGUUUCAGUCGGUGAAGCUGGCCGCGUGGAAAGGGGAGAAGCCCGGCACCUGGUUCAGUAAAUUCCGGAAAGGAAAAAAGUUUUCAUACUCUGGCAUGGAUGGGCUUCCGGUGCACGUGGUGCAGAUGAACUUCCUCAAGCUGCUAAGCGUGACGGCCAGGCAAACCUUCACCUACCACUGCCUCAACUCUGCCGCCUGGCUGGACGGCCACGGCGGCGGGCACCAGCUGGCGCUGCGCUUCCGCGCCAGCGACGGCGAGGAGCUGACGCACCAGAACUCGCAUUUCAUCCGCGCACUCUACGACGGCUGUCAGACGCGCUCGGGACAGGAAAGGACAGUGUUGGAAAUGGACUUCCCGGAGUCCUCCGCUCUGCCCGUCGUCGACGUGGCGGUGAGCGACUUUGGCAACGCAGGCCAGAAGUUCGGCUUCCAGGUCGGGCCCGUCUGCUUCGGCGGUUAAACGGCCGAACCCUAAAAAGAGCAAAAGGGACUCUUUUAAAAUGCAGGGAAAAGAGAAACAAACUACUUCUAAGACUCGUCAUAUUUAUACCUUUUUGCUUCGCAAUUCUGCAGCGCGGUGGUUCACGCGCUGCUUCUGUGAACGGUCGCCACGACGCCAAAAAUGCAAAAACUCUUGAAUUGAAACCUCAUUGCUGUUGUUGAUUAACUUUUGCCACAUUGUUAUGAUUUUGUGUGUUGUUGUCACGGUGCUAUCGUCGAAAAGGGAAACGUGGGAAGUGCAUUUUUUUUUUUUUAUAUAUAUAUAUAUAUAUUGAGAAGUUUUACAUUUGUACUGGGAAGUGACCUAAUAAUAAUAAAAAAUAAGUACAUGAUGUACAUGUAAAUAUUAAAUAUCCUCCUUCAUUUGUCGGCAAUCGCCAAAAGUAGGACCUUCUCAAAACUGCUGUGCAAAUUAUUUUCGGUAUAUUUAUAAUGACUUUAUUAUUUACCGAAUGACUGGCAACAACAUUGAAUUUCCUGCAAUUUUUUCUACAAUGUCAGUAAAGCCAGUAAAAGGUU